AUGGCCAACAGUAGCACGCGUCCCAUGAAGGAGUAUGCAUCUCCUGUGUUGUAUGAUUUCUCACCCGGGAUCAUAUAUCCAACGCUAGAUGGGACAAGAUUUGAGAUGAAAUCUGUGAUGUUACAAAUGCUCCAAAUAGCUGGACAAUUUAGGGGUGCUCAGGGAGAAGACCCUCAUGCCCACAUGAAACGUUUCCUGGAAACGUGCAACUCAUUUGUGAUUCCUAGAAUCACCCCAGAAGCUAUCAGGCUAUCUUUAUUCCCAUAUUCUCUACGUGACAACGCAAAGAAAUUGGUAAGUUCUUUGGAGCCUGGUGAGAUCACAACCUGGGAAAAGUUGGUGGAGAAAUUCGUGUAG